CCUAGUUUGAGUAAAUGAUUUUUUUUUCAGUUCAUUUCAUUGUAUGCACGAUUCCGUCAAAAAUGUAUUAUUUUUUUUUCUUCAAAUGAUGAAUAUAAAAAGAACAAUAAUCUGUUUCAAUAGUUGUCUUCUAUUUCACACGUUCGUGAGAUUUUAUAAUAUUUCAUCAUAUUUUAUUUUAUAAUAUUUCUUUUUUGUUGAAUUAAUUAAUUAGUUAUUCGGAAAGAUGGAGGAGAACGUUGAAAAUUAUUUUAUAGUAUUUUUACUUGGUCUUGGCUCUAUGAUAGCAUUCCACAACUUAAUCAUUUCCAUAAGAAAAUAUUUCACGCGAAAUUAUGGAAAAGUAUCAGACAUGCUUCGAAUUAUUUGCAACUACGGAAAUCUUUGGAGAUUUUUACUUUCUCUUGGAUAUUUUAUGACUCCGUCGGACGUAACACCUGGUCCUUGUAAAGCAUUAGGGUAUUUGUACUUAAUUGGAUACCAUUUAUUUCAUAUAUCUUUAUUCUCUUUUUUGUUAUGGAGUAUUUAUCGACUGUCAUCCGAAAAAAAAGAUCUUUGGUUGGGUAUUGCGUUUCUCUUAAUACAAACUUCACUUGUUGUUCCGGAAUUGGUACUCGCUAUACCUCAAAUGAACUUGAGACCGACCAACCUUAAUAAAUUUCUUCCAUCAAGAUAUUGUGAUUUGAUAUUUGGCACAAAUUACUAUAGAAUAUGGACGACGAUUAUUUUUGGAUUCGUGAUAAUGUUUUACUUAGUAGCACGUAUUUCAUACCUAGCAAAGAAUCGAAGACGUUGCACAAUUGCUAACGUUCCAUCGAGUAAAUCAGCUAUUAGCGAUGAGAACAAUACAACUACGACAACGACGACAACGACGACUAUUGUAGCAGCGAAACGUCCAAUAAAUUUAUCUACAAUAUAUUGGUCAUUAGCUUUAACGUUUUUAACAUUUAUGUUAAUGUGGCUUUCAUCUUCAUUGGAUGAGAAACCAGAUAAAAUUUUAUUACUAAGUAGGGAUCAUAGUAUUAUUGGAUUGACUUAUAAAAAUUUAUUAUACAUUUUGAUUUCUUAUGUAAUUACUCAUUUGGAUAUUGAAAAAAGAAAGGAUAUUAUAUUUUAUAAUUGUGGUGGAAAUGGAAGAGAUGGCGGUGAAAAUGUGAGAAAUAGUUCUAAUAAAUUGGAUGGCGAAGCUUGGGUUAUUUGUUCAAAGAAGGAAAAGAAGAAAGACAAUACCGGCGAAGCGGAAAAUAAUGAAACUCAAGUUUAAAGUUUAACCGUUAACCUAAAAAAACCAAAGAUAAUUAGAUAUUAUCUUUUUUUUUUUUUGAAAAUUUCCAUAAUGUAUUUUUAUUUUAUUUAUUUUUUUU